AUGCUCUUCUUGGCGGUGGGCCCAGCCCUGACUGCAGGGGAGAGCACCCCCUCCUGGGAGCGGCUGGGGCAGCCGGGAGCUUCCCCCCACUGCCAGCGCCUGCUGCUGGAAGCCCGGACUCCUGGGUUCUGUUGCUGGUCUGCGGGCCCCAGACUCCGGGUGCUGUCUCAGGAUAAGGAAUCCGUCGGGUUCACCGCGCUCCCCAAUCAGCUGCAUCGGAAAUGUGUGAAGGAGGGAUUUGACUUUACUUUCAUGGGGGCAGUCUUCCCCCUCCCCAAGGCCGACGUGAGGUGGAUGGAGCGAGGGGAAGAGCCGUGGGGCCCUGAUCUCCCCUCCCCCGAGGCUGGGGGGACCCCCGGUGAAACCCACACAGCAGCUGCUGGGGCAGCCGCACCCCCGACCCACUGCCGCAAGCCGGCCGGCCGCUCUUACCAGUGCCCGGAGUGCGGGAAAUCCUUCCGGCAGAGCUCGCACCUCCUCCAGCACCAGACCACGCACACGGGCGAGCGGCCCUACCGCUGCCCCGACUGCGGCCGGGCCUUCAGCCAGAGCUCCGACCUGGUGCGGCACCAGCGCGUCCACACGGGCGAGCGCCCCUACCGCUGCCCCGACUGCGGCCGGGCCUUCAGCCAGAGCUCCAACCUGCUCCAGCACCGGCGCGCCAACUCCGGCGCCCGCCCCUUCCGCUGCGCCCAGUGCGGCAAGGCCUUCGGCCGCAGCUCCCACCUGCUCAAGCACCAGGCCACCCACUCCGGCGAGCGGCCCUUUGGCUGCGCCGAUUGCGGCAAGCGCUUCGGCCACAGCUCCAGCCUGCUCCAGCACCAGCGGGUCCACGCCGGCCAGCGGCCCUUCGGCUGCGCCGACUGCGGCAAGAGCUUCCUGCAGAGCUCCGACCUGCUCAAGCACCGGCGCGUCCACACUGGGGAGAAGCCCUACACCUGCGGGGAGUGCGGGCGCGGCUUCAGCCAGCGCUCCCACGUGGUCAAACACCGCCGGGUCCACAGCCGGGGCAAGCCCUGAGGGGGCGGGGGGGUGAGAUGGGGGGCGAUCGGGGGGCAGAUGGGGGCAGAUGAGCUGGAGGAGGGGAGAUGGGGGCGGAGGAGCUGGAGGGAGGUGAGAUCGGGAGAAGACGGCCCAUGGGGACAGCUCCCACAGGGGACAGCUCCGGCCACCGGACCCCUGAGAGACUCUGCCACGGGGCAGCCCAGGACACAGGAGCCAUGGGGCACCUCACCGGGCUGCCAGAGGUGCAUCACCAGGAGCCGGCUGGGCUGUUGUGACCACAGGCAGCCUAGGACAUGGGAGACCCCCCACGGCACAGACACCCUGACGGACGAGCUGACCAGGGGGCUCUCGGUGCCGGACGGACAGAGGAAAUGCCCGGCUUCGGGGGAAGCUCAGGGCUCGGCAGAGACUCGGCCAUGGACGGAGACGCUCGGCGGGAAGCUGCAGACGCUGCUUGGGGCCAGCCGCGGGGUGGGGCGGUGGGAAGGGGAUGCGGAUGUCAAGUGGGGUGUCUGCUGUGGGGCUGUGUGGAGGCAAGCUCCCAAAUUCCCCGUCCCCUCCCUAAGCCCCAGCCCCCCAUCUGCCCACUGUACCCCCAAAUCACCUCCCAGCCCCCCAAAUCCUCUCCCCGCCCCCUCAGCUACACCUGUCCCCUCAUCCAUUCCCUGCCCCAUAGCCAUGCCCCCCAAAUCGCCCCCAACCCCCUCACUCACUCCCCCUGCCCCCUAUAGCCAUUCCCCUGUCCCCUAAAACUGGCUGGGCCGAUGGGUCUGAGCCGGGGGAUGUUUCUGAGGGUGGAGGCGGGAUACCGGGCUAGAUGGACCCAUGGGUCUGACCCAGGGCUGCUGGUCAAAUCCUUCUCUCUCGGACUGGCUCUGGGCUUUCCUAGCUCUGUUCCCCCAAAGCCCAGGCCCCCCUGGGACAGUUCAGAGCCUGGCUCUCGCCAAGGCCAGCACCUCACUGCAAGGCUCUGGGGGACUUUUCUUUGUCGCUGGCGUGAGGAGACGGCGGAGUGGGGAGCUCAGUGUGGGUCGCGCCCGGGCUCUGGGCAGGAGGCCAAUAAAUACAGGAUGAGAGAAAA